AUUCAAUUUGUAACACGUACAACUACUCUAAAAAUCGCCGAAAAGAAAGACGCAAGCAAAAAAAACCUAUUUUUGUCCAUAAGAAAUCUCUCCAUUAAAGAUAACUUUGCCAAACUUGGCCUGGCAUUUAAUUCAAAUGAGGCUGUUCAGGACGCAGUAAUUUUGUUUUUUUUAGUGUCACGCCCGAGACCCAGAUCGAAACGAAGACCAUUAAAGGUAAUUGGUGCUUUUUGUUUACACCUUUAUCUAGAACUUAAACGUGUGAAACAGUGGAAAAAAUGUCGUGAGAAGUUUAUAUCCGAGGAUGAUAGAUUGUUUUCCAUGUACCUACUUGAAAUUUAUGGAGAUGAUUAUGUAGCAAUGUCCAAAGAUCCCAAAAAUGUAUACCAGCUGACACCAUUGCAGAUGAAAAGGAUAAUGUGCCGAAAAAUCGGUUGUGAGUAG